AUGAAUAAAAGUACAAGAGCAAUAUCAAAAAACACAAGGAAGAUCUGAGCUAGCACAUCUAUAGCUCAAAGCGUACUGAAACGAGCCGUGACGAGUACAUUUGCCACGCAAAACAUGACCGCUUCAACAUUAAGAAGUUCUUAUUUUCCAGAUCCUCAUGCCAGACAUAGGUGACAUCUAAAUUUCGGCGUUUUUAAACCGGACAGUAAUUGAAAAUUGCUAUGAGACAUUUGCGGAAUUUCUCAGAUUCUUUAUUUAGCUUUUAUUUUACCUUUUGCUUUAAGCUAUGGAAAUGUGCGUCACUUUAAUUUUAUAAUCAAGUUUAUUGAAGCUUUUUUUUACUUCGAUAUUUUGGUGAAUAUGAACACAGGCUUUUAUUUUAGCGGCAGCUUUAUUACAGACCACAAAUCAAUUUGGAAUAGAUAUUUGAAAUCUUGAUUUCCUUUGGACUUGAUUUCUUCUAUUCCACUUGAAGAUAUCAUGCCAUAUAUGGAUUUGGGAGAUGAUACUCGGGGAAACCCUUUUGAAUUCCAUGCCUUAUAUUUUGUAAAAACCCUUUGAUUAUUACGUCUCUUAAGAUUUGUAAAAAUAAAAAAAGUCUUAUACCAAAUCAUGGAUGAGUUUCCCCACCCAAUUUUGAUCGCUUUGGUGAGGAUAUUGACGUUUUUUGGAAUUGCUUUUUUUGCAACGGGUGCAGGUCCAAUGAUCGUGCACUUUUGAUAGUGCGCAUUUCACCAAAGUGCAUUUAGUCGAAAAUGGGAUGAAACUUUUUAAUACUGGGAUAUUUGAUCGAAAAAAAAAGUUUAAACUUCGACCAAAUGUCACAUUAUUUAAAAUUUUCGCCGAGUGUACUUCUAUGAAAUGUACACUAUUAAAAAUCCCCUGUCAUUUGGCAUGGAGCCUUAUGCAACACACUGGAUGUCCUGCAUCAUUUAUGCUUCACAUCGUCUUGCAUUCCAAACGAUUCCAGAAAUAUGAAUUAAAUAUGAUAUUCCUAGAAGUGACAAAUGGCUAUUUUAUUUCUUUUAUGUCUUUGAGACUAUGGCGACUGUUGGCUAUAUAUCGAUAUACUAAUUGCCCGAGAAUGGCGCUAUUUACUCAAUUCUCUGGCAAUACGGAAAAUCGGCUCCACAUGGGAACGAUUUUCCACGUGUGGAGCCAUUUUUUUCACACGUGGAAGUCAGGAUUCUCACGUGUGAAAAAAUGGCUCCACACGUGGAAAAUCUUUCCCGUGUGGAGCCGAUUUUCGGUUGCCCGAGGAUGGCGUAAAUAGCGCCAUCCUUGGGCAAUUUCUAUAGUUACAGACCCCAGAGAAAAAAUUUUGAUAUUACUUAUAAUGUAUAUGUCAGGGCUUAUUUAUGGCUAUUUAAUAGAAGGAAUUCGAGAAGCCAUUUCGAAGUCCCAGCAGCAACAAUCAUAUUUUCGCAGUGCAGUAUUAAGAAUGAAGUUUUAUAUGACAAACAACAAAAUACCAUCUAGUCUGCGAUCUAGAGUGUUUUUAUUUAUUGAACAUCUUGAAAGGAUCGCUGAUGAGAACAUUUUGGAUGAAACUGAAAUUUUACAGUCAUUAUCUUUACCACUAAAGGAAGAAAUCCUUAUAAAAACUAGAGGAUAUUUCUUGUUUAAUAGUGCUCCAUUCAGAAAUUAUAGUCAUUAUUUUUUAAGAUACUUACUCCCCCCUUCCGUGAGUGAACAAAACCAUUAGAAAAAUCCCUAUUUUUUGACCAAAAACCCGCCCUCCGCGAGCGAACAAAAAUUAUUUUAAUAGAAAAAUUGUUUAUGGAAAAAAUUGAUAUAUAAGUGAUAAUUAUUAUAAUGAAAUCUCGAGCUAAUUCUGUUUAAUUUUAAACAAAUCGUUUUUUAAAACAUAAAUUUUACAAAUUAAAUUAAUAUUUGCUUUCCAAUUUUUGCGAAUUAGGAUUUUUUUAAAUUUCGAAAAAAACAUUUUCUAUAAAAUUUAUAAACAAAAAAUUAACCCCCUCCGUGAGCCAACAAGAUUUUUUUGUUCUCUCACAGAGGGGGGAGUUAGUGCAUUUUUUAGAAAUACAAGUUUUUGGUCCUGGGGUUUAUAAAGUAUUAUGGCGAACCAGCUGGGGAGACCGGGGUAUUUAUGGAAGGAGGAUGACAUUCAUUAAGUGCUUGCUGCCAGGCUUUACCCGGUUUGGUGGAGCGCAAUGUCCGAUUUAGCGGACAACAUGCUUACAUUCAGAUCAAUUUUUUACUUGGAAGAAGAUGAAGUUCGGAAUUGGAAAGGGGUUUCCCAUCAAUACCAGUGAGAUUCCUCCUGGCCAAUAAGAACGCUCCCUACGCUUUGCGUCCUGGGCUACAAUUUUUUCAUCUUGAAAAUUCGAAAAACGAAUUUUCUGGAUGCCAUAUACUGUCGACGUAUGGUAUGGCGGCCAGCGCCUCUGAAUCACGGGUGGAGAGUGCAAGUCCUAGGAGCAGCACAGUGAGAGGCCUUGCUCAGACUAGCAAGCAAGCGGCUGAAUGAUAGGGAGGCAAAUGCGGCUCAGCAGGGCCUACCGAUAAUCUAAAUUAGGUUUAAGGUCCUGGAGAUUUAAUCAUAAAAGAAGGAGAAAUUGGGAAAAAUAUUUAUUGAAUUUUCAAUGGAUCUGUCGAAAUCUAUGACCAAAAAACUUUUUCCACUUUUAGGGAUCUUUUUAAAGGAAAAUAUUUCGGGGAAAUUGGUUUUUUUCUGAAUAAGAAAAGAUGUGCCUCGGCCAAGGCGAAAACUUAUACUGAGCUUUUUGAAUUGAAGCGGUAUAAGUUCAAUCAGCUCACAAGCACUCGGCAUUCUGAAGAAGAAACCACAAAUCUCUUAGUCAACCCUCUGUGAGCGAACAAAAAAAUUUUUGUUUUUGUUAAAUUUUAUAGUAAAAUAUUUUUCGAAAUUAAAAAAUCCUAUUCGAAUAAUUUUAAAGCAAAUAUUAAUUAGUUUUUAAAUGCAAGCUAGAAUUAUCUAGAGAUUUAUUAUAAUAAUUAUCACUUAUAUAUCAAAAUUUUAUAUUGAUUUUUUUUUUAUUCAAUCAUAAAUGGUAUAAUCCGUUGGUAAAAUUUCUUAUGGACGUUAUACGCACCAUUUUCACAUGAAAUUUCAAAUUAUGAAUUUGCAGCACUAAAACCUGCGUUUUGAAACGCAUAUUUGGUUUUCACAUACCAAAUUGAAAAUGGCAUGCAUAUGCAUAAUAAGAAACUAUUGCAAUACAUAAUAAUUUUUUAUUCAAAAUAGGAUUUUUCUAUAGUUUGGUUUGCUCACGGUGGGGGAGUUAGCAAAACAAUGUGAGCGAGAUUUAAGUGCACUGGGAGUUAGAUGCUAUUUUUGUUCUGAAAUCGGGCAUGCAGCUAGAGACUGUAAAAAAUACGUAUUUAUUGUUGAUCAUAAAAAAGUAAUAAAAAAGGCAGAUCACAGAAAAUACCAAAUUUCUAAAAUAGUCAGCAGAGACAAAAUCGCUGAAAAAAACAAAAUGUACAGAAAAAAAAUUUCACAAGUAGAACAAUUCCGAAGAUAUGAUACAAAAAAUCUUCCUGGGCGUGAAGAGCACUUGGCUAAUUUCCAAGACAGAAGCUCCUUAGUAGCGAAAGCUAGAUUAUACCAAAUGAAUUCUUCAAGGUACUCAAACGCUUCAAGUUUGGCAUUAAUAGAAGAAGAGCUUGGUGAAGUUUCCCAUGAUUCUGAGAUGCCAAAUGAGCUGCUUCCAGAAUCUUUCCAAUUUGGAAAAAAUUUUGUGAGAAAGCAUAUGAUUUCAAGAUCAGAAAAUAUGGAGCCAAGUAUUGGAGGCUCAAUUGUAUUUUCUAGCGAAAUUCCAAGCACAGAAUAUAAUUUGACACUUAAUGAUGAUGUGUUUGACUGCCAAAUUAAUAAUAAUGCUUGGAGUUAA